AUGCUCCCUGUUGAGCCACAGAAGCUGGUUGUCGUCGUCCAUGGUGGCCCUAAAACCAGAGACCAUUACGGAUACUCGCCGCUGAAUGUCUUCUUGACGAACAGAGGCUACGCGGUGCUCCAAGGUAAGGUGCUACUUCAAGAAGUAACCCGGAGUUGGAGGGUCCCUAACAAAAUCGCACAAUUGAAAUCGCUUCAGGUGAACUUCCGUGGGAGUACUGGAUUCGGCAGGCGUUUGACGAACGCUGGAGAUGGAGAAUGGGGCAGAAAGAUGCAUUUCGACAUAUUGGAUUCUGUGGAAUUUGCUGUGGCGAAAGGAAUCACCAAUAGAUCUCAGGUUGCCAUCAUGGGUAAUGAGGCCGGCCGUCAAUCACUAACCGCUCGUUCGCCGCUGUUCUUCGCUGACCGCGUAAAGAAGCCGUUGAUGAUCCUUCAAGGAGCCAAUGAUCCUCGCGUCAAGCAACGAGAAUCUGAUCAGUUCGUGGCCGCCUUGGAAAAACAUCACAUUCCCGUGACUUAUGUCCUGUAUCCAGAUGAAGGACAUGGCCUUAGAAAGGCUAAUAAUCGAUUGGCACAGUAUGGUUUUAUCGAGCAGUUCUUGCAUAUGUGCCUUGGUGGACCUUUUGAGCCUUUCCAGCAAGGACAAUACAACUCUUCGGCAAUUGUAAGUGAACAGUGGUUUUAUAGAUAA